CUCGUAGUGGAAGGCUCUCGAACACUAUAGUCCCUUCCGCGCGCCAAAAUUUCCAACCCCAUCCAUCCCUGCGUCAUCCUCAGAUACUUUCUUUCAGAUGCCUAAAUAACCUCUCGUCGCAAGCACAAUUCCACCCAUCUGCCUAAUACCACCUCCACCAACAAACACACCCACCCACACGACUCCAAACCUCCUACACCAAUUCAACCAAACCCCCCGAACUACGCACUCACCAAUCCCCACCCCCACCAUGACCGACCCAGCCCUAAACAACCUCCUCAAAUGGGGUCUCGAAAACUCCUCCGCGACCCGCGCCGCCGCGACCGACGACCAACCCGCCCCGCAGACGCAGCUGAGCGCCGACGCCGUGCGCGCGCUGUUCGGCGGGAAAUCGGACGCGCAGCUCAUGCUGGAAGCCAUGGACGCGGUCGAGAGCGACGAGGUGGACCUCGAGAACAAACUGAUCGCCUUCGACAACUUCGAGCAGCUGGUCGAGGGCAUCGACAACGCGAACAACCUGGAGAACCUGGGGCUCUGGACGCGCCUGGUCGACCAGAUGGCGCAUGAGGAGCCGGAGAUUAGGAUGUAUGCGGCGUGGUGUGCUGGGAUUGCGGUGCAGAAUAAUAUUAAGUCGCAGGAACGGCUCCUCAUCCUCGGCGCCAUCCCCACCCUCAUCAACCUCGCAACCCAAGACAAAGACAAGAGCGUCCGCAAGAAGGCCAUCCUCGCCCUCUCCUCCACCGUCCGCAACUACCAACCCGCCCUCGACGAGACCGUCGCCAAGGUCCCCGCCGAAUUCAAGCCAGAGGGGAAGCUCGACGCUGAGGACAUGGCGUCCGUGGACUCGCUGAUCAACAAGCUCCGGGAGAACGUGAAAUAAGUUACAAAACACUUACGUCUAAGCUAGACUUGAACUUUGCAUUUGCAUCGGCGUUUUCACUUGUUCUUUUUGGGAGGGAGGGGAGAUCUGGGAUAUCAUUAAGGUCAGUGAGGGAUCCUGGAAUGGAAUUGGAUGGGAUUUAUAGACGAACUUUUUAUCAUGAUACCUCGGGAAUGAUGAGAAUAUGAAGACGAAAAAAGGGAAGGACAAAAGGAAAAGCGUAUACAUACAUAGAUAUCAUACCAACUCAUGACGACCGCAUAAGCCGGCCUUCUCUUCAAACACAGAAACAGCCAUAAACCAUGCAUAUCCCUCCCUAU